AUGGCUGGCGCAAUCUCCAACUUCCUCUACCAGCAUGUCUCCCUAUCCCUCAUCCGCCGCAAUGCUGUCUACCUGACUAGCAUCUUCGCCGGUGCUUUCGCUUUCGAGAUUGCCUACGACUCUAGCACCAACAGAAUCUGGGAUGCCAUGAACCGCGGCCGCCAAUGGAAGGACAUCAAGCACCUGUACAUGAACAAGGCCGACGAGGAUGAGGACGACGACGAAUAG